GAAGAUACAUCCGCACAAAUCUGAACAUGCCUCACAACUUGCCUCAACGGAGCGGUGGCUUCAGGGAGUAUGAAAAGGAUGCUCCCAUCACGGUGUUGGGAUGCACGCAAGCCCGGCUUGUGGGCGAGGCUCUUCUUGAGAGCAACACAGUCAUCCACCACAUCUAUUGUUCUCCGUCGCUGCGCUGUGUGCAGACCGCACACCAUAUCCUGAAAGGCUUGCAACAAGAAAAUAACCUGAAGAUUCGAGUCGAGCCAGGGUUGUUCGAAUGGACCAAAUGGGUAUCAGGGAAUUCUCUGCCAGCCUGGAUCCCACCCCCUGAUUUAGCUGCAGCCAGUUUGAGUGUCGAUACAACAUACAGACCUCAUUUAGCCGUGAACAAAUUAGGAAUUUCGGAAUCCUAUGAGACCUACAUCAGCCGAAGUUUCCAGGUCACCAAGGAAAUUCUAAGUGAAUGCAAAGCUAAAGGGAAUAACAUCUUGAUUGUCGCGCACGCAUCCUCCCUGGAGGCCUGCACUUGCCAGCUACAAGGACUGUCGCCGCAGAAUUCGAAGGAUUUUAUCCAGAUGGUCCGGAAGAUUCCUUACCUGGGCUUCUGCUGUUGUGAAGAACUUGAAGACACUGGACUCUGGCAACUGACCGAUCCACCUAUCCUGCCACUCACUCACGGACCAACCGGUGGAUUUAACUGGAGAGAAACUCUGCUCCAAGAAUAAGGCCAAAAGUGGGGAGGGAAAAGUCAGAAGGACAGGGGGGGAAAAAAGUUUCUUAAAAACUGGAGCUCGUCUCUCACCUCCUUGAGAGUUUUUUUUUAUAAAACAAACAAACAAACAAAAAAACAGAAAAUAUUGAUGGUGGAGAAAAUUACUCCUG